AUGGCGCCACCCGUGAAGUACUGCAUCCCCGGAGAACGUUUGUGUAACUUGGAGGAGGGCAGCCCGGGCAGUGGCACCUACACCCGGCACGGCUACAUCUUCUCGUCGCUUGCUGGCUGCUUGACAAAGAGCAGCGAGAACGGCGCGCUUCCUGUCAUAUCUGUGAUGAGAGAAACAGAAUCCCAAUUAUUGCCAGAUGUAGGAGCUAUUGUAACCUGUAAGGUCUCCAGCAUCAAUUCACGCUUUGCCAAAGUACACAUCCUCUAUGUGGGGUCCACGCCACUUAAGAACUCUUUUCGAGGAACCAUCCGCAAAGAAGACGUCCGAGCUACUGAAAAAGACAAGGUUGAGAUUUACAAGAGUUUCCGCCCAGGGGACAUCGUCUUGGCCAAAGUGAUCUCCCUAGGUGAUGCGCAGUCCAACUACCUGUUAACCACAGCCGAAAAUGAGCUGGGAGUGGUGGUGGCCCACAGUGAAUCCGGUGUCCAGAUGGUCCCCAUCAGCUGGUGUGAGAUGCAAUGCCCGAAGACCCACACCAAAGAAUUCCGGAAGGUGGCCCGAGUACAGCCUGAGUUCCUGCAGACCUAA